AUGGGGGUAUAUUGCGGGAGUAGAUGCAGAGGAAGGUGUGCAAAGGCAGGUUUUCAAGACAGAUGUCUCAAGUAUUGUGGCAUUUGUUGCAGGCAAUGCAAGUGUGUUCCUUCUGGUACCUUUGGCAACAAGCAUCAAUGCCCUUGCUAUCGAGACAAGCUUAGCUCCAAGGGCAAACCCAAGUGCCCUUAA